GGCCAGCGAAUGGAUUGGCUGCAGUGGUCUGUGAGUUUGGGUCCCGGAAGCAGAGUCCGCCCCCCGAGACUUCAAAAGGUGGGCCCCCAAGAGGCUCCUGCAGAGUUGAGGCAGUGCCGCAGGCCCGCAGGGUAAGCAGACUGCUAGUGGUGAGGUGGCUGAGUGGGCGCAAACGAACCAGGGUACUAGGGUGGGCGCAGGGCGCCGAGUCGCAUCGCCAAAGCAGUGAGGCUCGCUCCGGGAGGCCCAGGGGCCAGAGCGCGCGCACCUCGCCUCCAGACAUGGGGUCGGCAGCGUUAGAAAUUUUGGGUCUGGUGCUGUGCCUAGUGGGCUGGGUAGGCCUGAUACUGGCAUGCGGACUGCCCAUGUGGCAGGUGACCGCCUUCCUGGACCACAACAUCGUGACAGCGCAGACCACAUGGAAGGGGCUGUGGAUGUCAUGUGUGGUGCAGAGCACAGGGCACAUGCAGUGCAAGGUGUAUGAGUCUGUGCUGGCACUGAGCACCGAGGUGCAGGCGGCGAGGGCGCUCACCGUCGGCGCGGUGCUACUGGCGCUGGUUGCGCUCUUCGUAAGCCUGGCGGGCGCACAGUGCACUACCUGUGUGGCCCCAGGCCCAGCUAAAGCCCGCGUGGCUCUCACAGGCGGGGUGCUUUAUGCGCUGUGCGGGCUGCUGGCACUCGUGCCACUCUGCUGGUUCGCCAACAUCGUAGUCCGUGAGUUCUACGACCCGGCGGUGCCAGUGUCACAGAAGUAUGAGCUGGGUGCUGCCUUGUACAUCGGGUGGGCGGCCUCUGCUUUGCUCAUGUGCGGUGGCGGCCUCGUGUGCUGCGGAGCCUGGGUCUGCGCUGGCCGCCCGGACCUCAGCUUUCCAGUCAAGUAUUCUGCGCCACGGCGGCCGACGGCCAGCGGUGACUACGACAAGAAGAACUACGUCUGAAGGCGCAGGGUACAGCGGUGUCCCUCCCGGCAGCCAAGCGAGCGAACGGAAGAACCAGACCGAAGCGCAGCGCACGGACGGCAGCCGCGGUAGGGUUGAGCCGCGCACAGAUCGUGGAACAUCUGGCUCUGCGUACUGACAGGACCUGCCAGGGUCCGAACCCCGUUCUCUGUGACCUCCACCAACCAAGCUCUGGCCCUCGCCCUGUACUAAACAGACGACGCGUACUUGUGAGGACUUUAUAGUUUUCUUUUCCACGCGCUGAGGUGACUAUGACGUGGGUAGGACUCUUGGCUUCCUUCGGCCGAGUGGGCACUGCAGAUGCCAAUUCCUUCCCGACCCUGGGUGGGUGGGUGGGGUCUUGCAUGCUGCCUUAGUUCCCUGCAGCUUUGCCUGAAUUCGUUAGAGCAGAGCCCACAGUCCCAAAUCUGGGCUGCUGAAGGGACGUGUAAAAAACAGCCUUUUUUCUCGGCGCUUGGGCUCAAGGGACCGAGGGACUUGGCUUGGACCUCCCUGUCUCACACCCAUCAUUCUCCCCACCACAGGCGAGGCUUGCAGGCACCAGAACAUGAGCUGGGGCACUGCCCUCUUUGCAGCUGGGGUGGGGGUCGGGAGGUUAAGAAUUUGCUUAGUAAAUGGUUUUAACACUCUG